CACCUGAACUUUGGUAGUCAUGAGCGGAGCUGUGUUCACACACACCAUCUUCACACACUCACUUACUCCUCAGGGUGCACUUCCCUCAGGCCCUCCACAUCUCAGGUUAGAGGAGUAUUUACCUGUUGGGAAUAAUGAGUCUUUUAUGGGUGGCACUGUGUUUCUUCUUGCAUGGGGCAAAUAGCUUCAUGAUCCACAACACUGUUGAGAGCCUCUGUCUCCAGGACUCCCCUGCCGGCAAGGCUAUCACCCUCCGAAAGUGUAACCUUGACGAUGACCUCCAGCAGUGGGUUUGGCGGGAGCAGCGCUUCCUGCGGAACGUCGGAACACAGCGGUGCCUCUCGGCGUUCCACGAGCGUCCGGUUCUCACCGUGGCCUGCGACGGUGAGGAGCACCUGGAGUGGGCCUGUGAGAACCACCGGCUCCUGAGCCUGAACCGCAGCCUGGAGCUGAGUGCGGAGAAGGGCCGAGUGAGACUCACCCCCGGGGGCCCGACCUCCAGGUGGAAGUCCCUGGAUAUGGGCGACAUCUGCCAGGAGAGGCUCAGAUCGAAAAGGGCAUCAAAUGAGUUUGAGGGAGAGUUUGAGCAGGACAACCCCGUCGAGAGCACCAUGAACGAGGAGCAGAGGGAGUUUCUCAAGUGGUUCUACCGGACCGAAGACCAGAGUAAAUGGACGAUUGCAAUGCUGGGUCUGGCCUUCGCUGCACUGCUGCUGGGCUGCAUCCUGCUGGUCACUGGCAUGAUGGGUAGCAGGAGCAGGAAGAAGAUAGCAAAGUACAAAGCGGCGGCGCUAGCUCUCAAGCCCCAGAUGGAGGAGCUGCAGGUCAUCACCGUGGAGAGGGAGGCCCCACAGCAGGUCCUGAUGACCCCCACCCUGAGCCUCAAACUGCCCACCAUGGUGAUGGGCGCCCCUGACUACGACGUUGCCGAGAACGGGCAGCUCAAGUCAGGAGACAUCGAGGUCACCUGGAAGGACGGGACAGUGAGCAGUCUCUACGCCGAGAGAGGAGGGGAGGCUGACGGGGGGGAGGCGGAGGAGGUGAAGGAGGAAGAGGAGAGGGUGGUGGAGGAAGAGGUGCAGGUGCAGGUGGAGGGGAAUGGGGAGGAAAAGUGAGGCACAGGUCUGAAAGGUGAUGUCACACACACCUGGAUGUCGUCACACCUGUGCAGUUGAGCGUCAUCUCAUCUCUUUCAUGACAAAUCCAGAGGCCUGCGUACCUGGACAUUAGAAGUAAAGGUGAUCCCUCUACAGAGAGCCAUAGGAACACUCUCAGAUCUGAUCUCAAAUCACCCAGACUCGUAGAUGCAAACUUGGAUGCACAGACUAAAUGUGAGUGUGUGUGUGUGUGUGUGUGUGUGUGCGUAGUAUGUGUCCACGUGUAUGUGCAUGUAUGUUUUUUCUGUUAAAUGUCAAUGUGACCCAAAGGUUGUUUAUUAUUCUCUAACGUGAUGAGGGUAUGUUCAUUUACCUAAAGCACCGUUAUGAAACUUUAACGCAUGUUGUCAGCCAACAGAGAACCCAUAAAGAGUCCAGAGCUCACGUGGGGAAUGUAAAUAUGUGCCAAAUACUCCCGCAGUUUCCGAGAACUGCGUAUUUCAAUUUAGCCGACAAAUGGUGUUUCAAUUUUUAAACUCUGUACAUCAUCAUGUCAUGCAUAUUUAGUUUCUGUUGCUUACAUCAGGUUUCCACUUAGAAACAUUUUGCAUAUCUCAUUCUCCCAGAUUCUUGUGAAGUUUGUAAUGUACCAUUUGAAACUUCAUUGCCACAUGUAGACACCUGUUUGUAGCUAAACUAUCAUUGGCAUAUUAUCUAUUUGGAUUACAUAUACAUGCUUCCGUAUGUGCAGGUGAUGAAGAAUCUACAUGUUAAAGAUGUUUAUACUACUAGUACAUGUCCCUGUCCUCCAGCGUCGGGACACUGUGAACAGAGCUGCAGGGUUUAUGACUGAACAGACAAGCACGGUGGACACCUGUAUUUAAAAUCAUUUAUUCCUGAUGGGUAGGGACUCCUGUACAGGGUCUAAUAAAUGUAUGAUGUCUUAAGACUCACUCUAGACUCUAGAGUGUAAAAUCAUUGAUCACACCAGCAUAUUUUACAGUAGUCAUCUGUUAUUGUCUUUACUGGUCCUCCUUCAUCAGCCUUUAAUCUUUCUUUGUCCCCAUUGUAAAGCACUUUGUGCUUAUCCUAGAACAGCACUGUAUACAUGACUUUAUUACUGUUAUUGUCUUCUACACUCAGACUCUGUAGCAUCCCUGCUACAACCCCUUUUAAUAAAGAAAAUAAAACAAACAAGACUAAA